AUGAGUUGCUUGGAAGACGUGCCUUUCAGAAUGACCAUAAGCUUUGUGGAAGAUCUUGUGGGAGAAGACCACUUUGCCCACCAUCCUGAGACUGAGCUGCCCAAGUGUGCAGAGGUCCUGACAUGCACAAUGCAUGAUUUUUCACUAGAGAAAAAGGUCCUCUACUGGAUAGACUCUGCCUCACGACAAGACAUUCCCUGGUUUAGUGUGACUGCUGACAUGUACCCCACAGCUCCUCCUUGUUGGCUUCUGUUGGUGGACUCUAAAGAAAACAUGGCUGGCAGCCACGAGGCAACAGGUUGCAAAGCCAAGGAUACAACACCUGUCCGAAGAUGUAUGAGUCUGGGCACCACAUCUGAGAAGCUCAACUGCACUGGGAGCAGAGGGAAGUUGACAAAAAGGGGGAAUGUGGACCAGUGCCUUGAGGAGCAGGAAUGUUCAGAAGGCAAGGAAUAUUCCUCAGCCACCCCUGUAGAACAUGAUAGUGAAGCACCUUUAGCCAUCACCAAACGAAUGCCCAGCACUCUACCUCACUUUUUAAGUCUUCCCCAAAGCAGACCGAAGACUUCACCAGGGGACCUAUCUGCUGUGUCAGAAAGCAGUUGCCCAAAGUUACCUUUGGGCAAGCCGAAGCAACCAGCAUUUUUUUUAAACAACAUGAAGAAUGAGUUGGAAGCAGCCAAGAAGAAGUUGAUGGCUGUCAUGCAUCCCUUAAACCAAACCUCGACAGAAUCUGUCUUGAUUUCUAAGGCUUUCUCUCUCCACCAGCACUCCAGAAGCAGCAGGAACUUGAGAUAUGGACCCACUUCUCGUGCUCCCUUAGCAGGAACUUUAACCCCCACCCCACCACCUCCUUCUUGCUGUAAGCCAAGACUGCUUCAUGCAGCAGAACUCAUCCGUCCCAUCCAACAGCAUAAGCCUACCUUGGCAUCUCUCAGCCCAUAUUCCUGCCUCCCACCCCCUCCGUGGGCCCAGCGACCUCUUAGUCCCCACAGAGCUCAUCCGGACUCUACAGCUGAUCUGCUCUCGGUGCUCAGCCAAGAGGAGCGUGACCUCAUCGAGCCAGUUUUAGCCUUGGGUUAUCCAAUACGGCGAGCAAUCCUUGCUCUGCAGAAGACCGGGAGACAAAGCUUAGGACAGUUUCUCAGUUAUCUCAGUGCCUGUGAUAAACUUCUGAAACAGGGAUAUGAAGAGGCACAGGUUGUGGAAGCGAUGGAAAUGUUCCAGAACUCAGAGAAAAAGGCAGCAGAAUUCCUUCGCCUCUUAGCACAGUUCAACGAUAUGGGUUUCCAACAAGCGGACAUCAAAGAGGUCCUCCUGUUGUGUGAAAACCACCGAGAUCAGGCACUCGAGGAGCUCAUGACACGAAGCCAAUGA